UGCAAGGCCACCCCUAGGUGAGGGACAAGAGGACAGUGGGACCACUUGGGGUGAGGGAAGAUGGGACACCAAGCGGUAUGUACCCCCAUCCCAUCCCUUUUUCCUUGGGCGUCCUCGGAGCACCCUCUGAGAGGUCCCUGGGGCAGAGUUGAGGUGCAGCUCUAGAGGGCUGUGUCCCAUGCCAGUUUUGGGGGUUGUGGGGAUACCCCAUAAGUAACCUUAUUCCUAUCAAUCCCACCUGAACUUCCAUCCCAGGAGAUUUCAGGGAAACGAGGGGGGUUCCUUUCCAGUGUGGCCUCUGCCACCCCAAACCAGGAUGGAGCUACAUGGGGAGGGGAGACCCCAUUAAUGCACCCCUCGAGCUUCGACCAGCCUGAUAGCCCUGGGCCGGGGGGAUCAUCUGGGGGGUGCCGCCACGGGGCCGCCGGGAUCCCGUCAGCCCCGGCACAAAGAGGAAUGCGAUGAGCACAUGGUUCCCAUUAACCCCGGAGAAAUUUUUUUUAGGCUGUUUUUUUAUUUUUCUUUUUUUUCUUCUUCUUCUUUUUUUUUUUUUUUUUUUUUUUUUUUUUCAUGAUUCUUCUUUUCUUUUUCCCCCUAAGUUUUCCGCAGCUCUGCUGGGGAGGAGGAAAAGCGGCGGCUCCGGCGGAGGCUGAAGUCACCGGCAGGAACGUCGCGAAGCUUUUUGCCCACCUCGGGGAGUCUGUCUGCCCCUCAAAGGAUGUGCUGACUCCUGUGAGUGGGAUUUUGGGGGAGCAGAGCCGCAUGAGACCGGGAACUCAUCACACAGAAUCAACCCCUGAUCUGGCCUUUCCAUGGCUUCAGCAAUGUUGCCAGGGAAAGCAGAGAAGAGAAUUGCUUCAUCCAUCUUCAUCACCCUCGUGCCACCACAGAGGGACGUGGCUACCAAGGAGAAAACCCAACGGGAGCCACAGCCAGGUGAUGCCAAGGUCCCCGGCACUCAUCACCCCCAGAUCCUGCUGUCACCCCCCACGUUGCCCUACGGAGAAACCCACACGGCGGCCCCUGUACCUGCAUCCCCACCAGUCCUGCCCCUCUCUGAAGUGCCCCAGCCCUUGUCUGUGGAGCCGCUGGGUCUGGCACUGCAGCAACUGGACCUUGCAGCACCUGCCACCCUCCAGGCCCCUUCCACCAUCCCUGCUGAAUUGAAGCUGCCCACAUUUUCCCAGGAGCACGCAGGCAAGAGGCAGUGGCAGGAUGUGAAUGGGCACCCGGGGAGGGACAACUCCAGAGACAUCUGUGCCUUCUGCCACAAAGCGCUGGCGCCCCGGGAGCCGACGGUGGAGGCAAUGCGGAAGCAGUACCACCCUGACUGCUUCACCUGCCGUACAUGCCACCGACUCCUGGCUGGGCAGCGCUACUUCCAGAGAGAUGGGUGCCCCACGUGUGACACCUGCUUCCAGGCCACGCUGGAGAAAUGUGCCAAGUGCCAGGGGCUGAUCACAGAGCACAUUGUCCGUGCCCUGGGCAAGGGCUACCACCCCAGCUGCUUCUCCUGCGCUGCCUGUGGCCGGGCCAUGGGCACUGAGAGCUUUGCUGUGGACAAACAGGGUGAUGUGUACUGCGUGCCCGACUACUACAGGAAAUACGCCGCAGUGUGCAGCGCCUGCGAGUGCCCCAUUGUCCCCCACGAGGACAAAGACACCUACAAGAUCGAGUGCCUGGGACGCAGCUUCCACGAGAGCUGCUACCGCUGUGAGAGCUGUAGGAUGCCCCUGUCACCGGAGCUGACAGAGAAUGGGUGCUACCCCCUGGAUGACCACCUCCUCUGCAAGUCCUGCCACAUCCACUGGCGCAACGAGUCGUCCUGCUGAGACCCUGCAGCUCAUCAAGCUCUUCCAGUGCCAGGCACCAAAAAGGGAGUGCCCCCAGUGGGAUGUACCCUGUGGCCAACCCUGGGUGCCUGCUGCACCCCCAGAUUACUGCAGAACUGGGUUUUCAUCACCAAAAUGUCCCCAGGACCCUGACCCGGUGGGUUGGUGGGGUGGAGAACUGUGGAUAUGUCCUGGCACAGCUCUGCACUCAUCAUGAAUAUAAAAUGCCCUGACAGAGCAGCAAUGAGGAGUGGAGGUUUUAUUCCUUAUUUCUUUUUUUAAACUCCUUUUUCCAAAGGCCAGUUUGGUUUUCUUGGGUGGUGCUUCUUUCUUCUCAAGCUUCCUUGGGAUUUCACUGAAAUGUUUCUCUCUGUGGAGAGCGGGCACUGAUUUAGUUACUUGCAGUUAAAUAAAAC